CGCGCACGUUCCAUUUGUUUUUAUUUUAGUUUUAGAUGUUCAUUUUAUUGUUAGAACUUAGAUCAAAUGCUAAACAACAAAAAUGUCAAAUCCUCAAGGCCCAUCGGCAGAAGUACUUAAGGUCAAGGAUAAAGUAAAAGGCGCAACCGAUACUAAUACAGGAGCAAAUGCAUUAUCUAGCCCUGCUGCAUCAAAGAAGAUAUGUGUUGUGUGCAAUGACAAAGCAACUGGAAUGCACUUUGGUGCAAUCACAUGUGAAGGGUGCAAGGGAUUUUUUCGUCGCUCAGUGAAGAAAAAUGCCUCAUUCAGCUGUGCAUUUGAGAAAAAAUGCGAGAUCAACAAAAAUAAUAGAAAACAUUGCCAAGCAUGUAGAUUCAAUGCUUGUCUUGCAGCAGGAAUGAAUUCUUCGUUGAUUCUAAGUGAUGAAGAGGUUAACAAGAAAAGAGAUUUGAUUCGUAUGAAUCGAGAAAAAAGGUCUGAGCAGCAGAAUCAAAAGAAGCAGGAAAUGGAAAAGGAAAGAUUGAAGAAACUGCAGGAAAUUGGUUCCAAACAGCCACAAGCGACAAGAAUGACAAUGGAUGAAAAACUAUUGGUGAAAACACUGCUGAAGGGACAUCGUGACAGUUAUGACUUUGCGUACGUGGAAUACGACACUUUUAGAGGAAGAGAGAACGAUGGCCAGCAGGAGAUAGGAAAUAACACGGAAAACCCGAAUGGAUUGGAUGCAGCAACUGCAGUUGAAGCACAAAGUACAACUGAAGACUCAGGUGACCUUUCAUACCUAAGAGGGUUACUAAGAAGUCAGGGCUUUUCCAUUGCUGAUGAUUCUAAAGCUAAACAACUUUUCCAACAUUUCUGUGACAUUAUGACAUGGGGAAUUCGGAAGGUUAUAGAUUAUUGCAAGGGUAUACCACAGUUUGUCCAACUAUCCAUCGUAGAUCAGAUUGUUCUGCUGAGAGGGGGUUGUUUGGAGAUGCUUGUACUGAGGUCGUACUUUGCGUUUUCAUGCAACGAGAACAAGUACAUGUCCGACAAGUUUCAAUACAAGCCAAGUGAUUUUUUACAAGCUGGAGGCAACAAAGAGUUUGUUGAGAAAUAUAACAGUCUUCAUAUUCGAAUGCGCAAAAUGAAACUGCAGGUUGAAGAGAUUUGCCUUCUUCUCGCAUUGGUUCUCUUCUCUCCUGACAGACCAGGAUUAGAGGACCAGGCAAAGGUGGAACAAAUGCAGGAUUGUGUUGCAAAUACAUUACAAGCAUAUGAAUACACUCACAAACCACCAAACGAAGCUCGUACGAUGUAUUGUGAGCUGCUCCUCAUUCUUCCUAUCCUCCGUACCAUCAACAUGCUAUUCGCUCAAAACAUCAUGUCCCUCAAGCAAACCAAUGAAAAAGAUAUGAAUCCUCUGAUUUUGGAAGUCAACAACAGUGCAGAUGAUGAAGAUUAAUUACGAUGUCUAUUGUAUAGUAGGGUGGGGGAAGAUGGGACACCUUUAACACAUAAUAUCCAGAUAUCCUGAUCGUGUUUUAAACAACUAACAACGGUCUAUGAGACUCAUGAGGACAUAGUUUCAUAUUUCUUUGAAUCUUCUUUGUUUACUACUAAAUUGGACGAGAAAAUAGAGUUAAAAAGUGUCCCAUCUUCCCCCAUCCUUCUGGAUAAAAACACAUUUUUUUAUCGAGUUUUUUUACAAAAUCCUCUGGAUAACAAUUUUAAGACGUUAAAUAUUUUGUUUUAUUUCAAAAUCAUGAUUUAAUUUUUGUAUUAUAGUUUCCAAUAUGUCAUGAAUUUUCUGUAUAUGCGAUCAUUCUGCCAAGCCAUAGCGAUUCUGCUUUAAGCCUUUCCAAUUUUUCAUAUUUAUAUGUAUAUGUGUGUGUGUGUUUUUCUUUUGUGCUUUUAUUCUUUUUGUUGAACUAGGUCAGGUUGCGUUUUAAGUCAACUAAAUGCUGUAAAUAGUUUUACAAUAUCGGUGCUCGCAGCUUACCUCAUGUCUUCCGUUAAUUAUAGCAACGGUACGAAUCGUUGUGUCGAUGAGCUUUUCUGCAGCAAUACCGCGUUCUUUUGCACCCGGCCCGCAAUUCUCGAGUUCCUGCUAUUUCCUGUUCGGUUCCAACGUCGCACUUAACCUCACCUGUGCAUAUUACUAAUAAAACAAUUUCUGGCAGUA